UAGUGGUGACUGGGGCGGAGCAACGACUGGGAGGAGCCUUGGCGGGCGUGGUUUAGUGUGGGAGUGGGCGGGGCUAUGGUGUAAGUGGGAGGAGCGUAGGCAAAGGGGUGCGGUUUGACAAAGGGGCGUGGCUCAGCAAUAAUAGGAGGAGGUCGAAGAGCCGUAGUCUGGGCUGAGCUGGGUAAUGGGUUUCAGUGUGGAUGUGGGAAGAGCUUAUAGAGAAGGGGCGGAAUUUGUUUAGGCAAGUUUUUUUCAGCAAGUGGUGGGCAUAGUAAAGGAGUUGGGGUUUAAGAGUGUGAUUCAGGGCUUGUUAGCGGAAAUAGCACGUCUUUAUAAUGCAGGUAAAAAGUCUUCGGAUGGGGAGGGUCUCUGAAAGGACUGAGAAGGCAAGAGAGGUAGAUUGGAGGGAGGGUCUUGGAAAGGAUGGGGCCUGCUUCAAGGCUGAGUUUAAAGGACAAAUUGAAAGGGGUCUAGGAGGAUCUUGGUGGGGAAGAGAUGGCGGGACUUCAAGAGGACCUUGGAGGAACUUAGCAGACACUAGUAAUGUAAACAGCUUACCUGUUGAGUCUGUUGUGCGCAGGCCUAAGUGAGCACGCAGCACGCUUGGCCACAAUUUUGCUUAGAUCUCAUUACCACUCGAAGAGGUAGGUCCUCCUCUUAUCCCUAUUUCGCAGAUAAAGGAAUCUGUUGGGUUUAUUCAAGUUUCCAGGACUAGUUAUCUUCGCCCUGGAAGGCUGACUCUAGUGCGCUUAGCUCCAAAUCUUGGUGCUUUCCUUGGCUAAGAAUGGGAGUCUUCGUCUGAAGGUGACUCUCAUCUUCAAAGAAGAGUGGGAGUGGCUCUCGGAGGGGAAGGGGCUUCCCGAAAACGGGGGGACUUUGGAAGAAGUAGGCGGGACCCGAACAUGAGUGGGUGGGGCUUAGAGCGGAGCGGGAGUCCCAUCUCAAAGGGGGGAGAGGCUUAACACUCCGUGGCUUAGAAGGGAUUAGAAAGAUUGGCAGCGGAGUGGGGGAAGGGUUUGCAGGAGAGUGGGAGGGGCUUAAAGAAGAGUGGGUGUGGUUAGAGUGGGUGGGCGGGGCUCCCGGGUACUGGUGGCAGGUGUGUGAGUCCAAGGAGCCUGAUUGUGGAGGCUGAUGGGGAGGUGACUCCCUCACCCCCCUCCAUGUCUCCCUGCUUCAGAGAGAGCCCCCACCCGCCACUGCCCUCGCGCCACACCACCAUGGAUGACGCCCCGCUGCCAGCGCCCCAGGUCCCCGCCCCGGCCCCGGCCCCGGCUCCGCCCGCUGCUGCUCCCCGCGUCCCGUUUCACUGCAGUGAGUGUGGCAAGAGCUUCCGCUACCGCUCCGACCUGCGGCGCCACUUCGCCCGGCACACUGCGCUCAAACCCCACGCGUGUCCGCGCUGCGGCAAGGGCUUCAAGCACAGCUUCAACCUGGCCAACCACCUGCGCUCGCACACCGGCGAGCGGCCUUACCGCUGCUCCGCCUGCCCCAAGGGGUUCCGAGACUCCACGGGCCUGCUGCACCACCAGGUCGUCCACACUGGUGAGAAGCCCUACUGCUGUCUGGUCUGCGAGCUCCGCUUCUCCUCACGCUCCAGCCUGGGCCGCCACCUCAAGCGCCAGCACCGAGGGGUGCUUCCGACACCCCUGCAGCCCGGCCCAGGCCUGCCCGCCCUGAGCGCUCCCUGCUCCGUCUGCUGCAACGUGGGGCCCUGCUCGGUGUGCGGGGGCGGGGGAGCCGGUGGCGGAGAAGGCCCAGAGGGGACAGGCGCAGGCCCGGGGAGCUGGGGUCUGGCGGAGGCGGCGGCCGCGGCCGCGGCCUCCCUGCCCCCAUUUGCGUGCGGUGCCUGCGCGCGGCGCUUCGAUCAGGGCCGCGAGCUGGCAGCCCACUGGGCUGCGCACACCGACGUGAAGCCCUUCAAGUGCCCGCGCUGCGAGCGCGACUUCAACGCCCCCGCGCUGCUGGAGCGGCACAAGCUGACGCACGACCUGCAGGGGCCCGGCGCGCCCCCAGCGCAGGCCUGGGCGGCGGGGGCAGGCGCCGGGUCUGAGACGGCUGGCGAGGGUGGCACGGCGGAGGCGGGCGACGCUCAGCCGGCCUGGGACGGCGGGCUGCUCCUGGGCCGCGGCGGGGGCGCCGUGCCCGAGCUGGGGGGGCUGCUCCCUGAGAGCGGCAGGGACGCGCCCGCGGCCGCGGCCGAGCCGUCGGAAGACACCCUGUACCAGUGCGACUGCGGGACCUUCUUCGCGUCCGCCGCGGCGCUGGCCAGCCACCUGGAGGCGCACUCGGGCCCCGCGACCUACGGCUGCGGCCACUGCGGGGCCCUGUACGCCGCCCUGGCCGCCCUGGAGGAGCACCGGCGCGCCAGCCACGGCGAGGGCGGCGGCGCGGAGUCGACGGCGCCGGCCCCGGAGGGGGAGCCCGCGUCUGGGGAGCCCGCGGCCGGCUCCGGCCGCGGCAAGAAGAUCUUCGGCUGCUCCGAGUGCGAGAAGCUGUUCCGCUCGCCGCGGGACCUGGAGCGGCACGUGCUGGUGCACACAGGCGAGAAGCCGUUCCCGUGCCUGGAGUGCGGCAAGUUCUUCCGCCACGAGUGCUACCUCAAGCGCCACCGGCUGCUCCACGGCACCGAGCGGCCCUUCCCCUGCCACAUCUGCGGCAAGGGCUUCAUCACGCUCAGCAACCUCUCCAGGCACCUGAAGCUGCACCGGGGCAUGGACUGACAUGGCCAGGCGGCGCGCCCCUCCAUCCGACCACCCCUACCAGGGGCUGGCCUCAGGGCCCAGGGGCCAGGGGACCUAGGAACCGCAAGGGAGGCCCCGGCCCUCCACAUCCAGACCCGGGCCCCGAGAUGAGGGGACCCUGGCUGGAGAGAUGGGGCCACCGAACGUCCCCAGGCCCCUGAGCUAAGGGGCAGCAAAUAAAUGGAGAGACGUCUCAGCUCGAGAGUCCCAGAUCUAUGGAGAGGCUCCUGAAAGCAAGGCUCCUGGGACACGUGCUGAGCACCCCUCAAUCAGUAGGCUCCUAAGUCAUGGGGCCCUAGGCCUGAGACAUGGGUCUCCCUACCUACUUCUCAUCUUGAGGCCCUAAUAAUAAAAGAUGGGCACCCCUCCCCCAAGGGAAGACUGCCCCUCUCCCUAAGAGCCAUCAUUCCAACGACCUUAAUCUGGAGAAAAGUGGGGGAACCAUGUCCCCAGAUUUCCCUGGAUUCCCUCCAAACGCUACCCACCAGAAUUCCUGUUUCCCCCACCCCCCCAUAAUGACUAUAGCCGGAAUCUGCCUCCCCUCCCCCCAACUUCAUUCCCUUUGCAGAAAGAGGACCAGGGUAGUUGCCCCCUGCCCUCAACCCCUUCCCCAAUUAGGUCUCCCUCCCCUACUGCCGAAUGGAUCGAUCCUAAUGAUCUUGCCCAACUCCCCCCCACCAACUAGAAUAGGCUGGUUCAAAACCCCCCUGCCCAGUAGAAUGGACUGGUCCAGGUACACAUACUCCCACCUCCUGUCCACUGGAAAGGGCUGGUCGGGGUUGCAGCCUGCACCCCACCCUCCUAGAGUGAAUAAGGCAGACACUCCUCCCCCUCCUCUGGCGUGUGGGCCGGUCCGCAUCAUUGCCCGUUCUGUGAACUCAUGAGUGGGAGGUGGUGGACAUCCGGUUAUCCCUCCCGCUCAGCUGUAGCACCUGUUGGUCUUUCUCUCCAUCUCUGUCAGCUUGUCAGUCUCUGUGUUCCUCCCAGCCCCAAGGGGAAGGGGGGUUGGCUAGGGGGACUCCCCCCAUGAGCCUCGACCUCGCCCCCUCGUCCCACUCCCCAUUGUCUCCCGGACCCCAAUAAACCUCGUCCUGUCAGCCA